CAGUAAAGUGCAGCUAAGUGCGACGGAGACUGCUAAAAUUCAAUUGUUCCCGCGAUGCAUUCGAGUUUCAUGUGGCUGCUGGUUGCCCUCUUGGCAUUUGGGGCUUCUCUGGCUGUUGCCCAGGAUGCCCAGGCGGAGACCCUCAAACUGGAGAGCGAGAACACUGGCGACAAGUAUUCCUUUAGCUUUGACACCAGCAAUGGAAUUUCGCGCACGGAGACGGGAGAGGUGAAGCCGGGUGCCACGCCGGAAGAAGGAUCCCUUUCCGUCCAGGGAUCCACCAGCUGGUCAGCUCCGGAUGGCAAGAAGUACGAGAUCAGCUUCACGGCCGACGAAACUGGCUACCAUCCCAAGUUCAGGCUGGUGGCUUAGACGAUGUCUGGAAUUUAUGCUUAGCUAAUUAUUCGCAACAAUAAAGUUGACUUAAUUUAUCCAUUGUAA